GCAUUAUUUCACUCUGGCUUCUUUGGACCACGACCACGAGAUGCCAGACAGUUCGAGUGCGAGUGUGCCAUCUGCCCAUGAGGCCACGGCUGAAGUUCUAAAGAAUGCAGCAUUGUCUACAGAGUCUGGAAGCAGCAAAAGCAGUGAUGCGGCCGAUGAAAGUGCUUUGGAACAUCUAAAUGUGGACUCUUCAGAUGAUGCAGAUUCCGCCCUUGGCGAUAUGGCACCUGUGCCUUCGACGUAUUCGGCGACUUCGAGUAUCUAUCAUUAUGUCGAGGAAAAUGGGCGGACAUAUCAUAAAUACAAGGAGGGCAAAUACCUGCUACCCAACGACGAGGCCGAGAUGGACCGUCUUGAUCUUCAACAUCAGCUUUGGUCGAUCACGCUCUUUGAGGAACUAUUCCUUGCUCCAGUGAAGAAUCUGCAUAAUAUUCUCGAUAUAGGGACAGGUACGGGGAUCUGGGCGAUUGAAGCAGCAAAUAAGUACCCCUCAGCGCACGUAAUUGGCAGUGAUCUCAGUCCCAUACAACCAGAAUACGUCCCCCCGAAUUGCCAUUUCGAAGUAGACGAUGUCGAGGAUGAAUGGAAUUACAGCCAAAAAUUCGACCUAGUCCACGGCCGCGCCCUGGUAACCUGCUUUAAAGACCCCUUCUUCGUGAUAUCUUCUGCCUUGGACGCUCUCAACCCUGGCGGGUUCCUCGAAUUUCACGAUUUUGUGAUACCCCUGCGCUCCAUCGACGACUCUCUCCAAGGAACCGCCUUCCAGUCCUGGCAAGAGAAGACCUUCGACGCGGCGGACAAACUCGGCACAUCCUGGAGGAAUAGCGCUAACUAUUCACGAUAUCUCGAGGAAGCGGGGUUUGUGGAUGUCGUGGAGAAGCAUUUCCAGUGGCCAAUAAAUCCAUGGGCGAAGGGCGCACGUAUGAAGACAAUUGGGGCUUAUUGUCAGGAGAAUAUACUGAGGGGAAUGGAAGCGCUGAGUAUGGCGGUUUUAACGAGGGGAGCGGGUAUGACAAAGGAGGAGGUUAUGGAGUUAACAGCAGCAGCGAAGAGGGAUGUACCGAAUCGGGACAUUCACGCUUAUGUUCCCCUCAUUGUAGUUUACGGAAGGAAGCCAGAAUAGAGGAAAUCCUCUUCUCUUGUGUAUUCAAGGCUUUAUUCCUGGCAUUUUGGCCAGUGAGCCAGAGAAAAGCUUGGUAGAAAAUAUGACGGAGGAUAUGCUUUUGUAUAAGAUGAUGCAUUCCUGGGUUUUUCAAAUGAUACUAUGAAAUGCGGUAGGG